UCUAUGAAAAUAACAAACAUGGCCGGGUUACUUGUGUUGUCAGCUUUGUCGACAUAACCUUCAAAUUAUUUGACCCGUUCUGAAUAAGAAUAAUUAAACUUAUCGUGGGCCAACUUUUGUGGAAAGUGUCUCGGUAUCGUUUUAAAAGGUUAGCAAGAUAUUGUCAGCUGUAGAUAACGGCUAUGCCAGGGAAACCGGAAUCAAACUCAUUUCACGAAGUUGAAGACGCAAAAGAAAGUGGUGAAAAUGGAGAAGAAAAUGUAAUUGAUUCGAGGCCAUUGACUCAAACAGAUAAACUGAACAAAAGGCUGUUGACUUCUUUGUUGCAAAGAAUGAACACUAGUUCAAAUUUUGAUGCCUUUAAACAACAAAAUGAAAACUGCGAAGAUUCUGGAAACGAAUUUUCCUCUUAAUUUUAUGGUUAAAUUUUCAUCUACAGUUAACCUUUGUAUAAUGUUUUUUUAAAAUAUAAUUUUAAGGGAAUAUUGACCUACAGUAACGUACAUUCUAAUAAACUGACCACGUCAUUUUUCUCUUCUCUGCCAAAAUGUUUGAUGAUGAAGCUGCAGUGGACCUGGGAAGGGACACAGAUGACCUUGAAAUUCUCAUUGAAGGUGGCCUUGAUAGUGAUCGUGUUAACGAAGAUGAUCCUGAUGAAAUUCAAGACGAAGCAGAAGGCAACCAGCCCAACCCUGAAAGCACACCAGUGCAGCCAAAGAAACGUGUAGUCAAGAGACCUCAGCCAAAGUUGGAUCCAGAACGUUUGAGGGGUCCGCGGGGGAUCGCGACCUUGGAGCACGUGUUCAAGGACUUCAAGUUCCACGGCAAGGGGCAGGAGAAGCACGACCUGGACCGGAUGAUGAAGCAGCUGGAGCACUGGGCACACCGGCUGUUCCCCCGCUUCCAGUUCGACGAAUGCCUGGAAAAGCUGGAGAAGCUAGGCCACAAGAAGCCUGUGGGGACAUUGGUGAAAAGGAUUCGCAUGGGCCUGGAGACGGAUGACGAGCUGGUGGAGAGGGGGGGAAAGGAAGGAGAAGAUGGCAGUGAUGCUGGCGACAGGCUCGCUGACCUGGGAGCCGGUGCUGACGAGUCGCCGCUCGAUGCAUUCGAUGCCUUACUGAGUCAGCAGUUGUCUGAGGCCAGGGCCAGGACGCCGAUGCCUCCGCCUCGGCCGCCGCAGACUCCACAGGUGCUGUCGGAGGAGCAGAGGGAACGCAUGCUGCGGAACCGCCAGUUGGCCGAGGAGAGGCGACUGGCCAAGCUCCGGGCUCAGCAGGACAAGAGCGCACAGCAGGAGAGAGAAGCUGGGCCAAGUCGGGGGCAGUGUCGUGAAGUCGACGGCAAUGAGGAGCGGAGGAGUGAUGAAGUUGGCGAGCAAGGCACGGGCGACGCCGCAGACUGCCGUCGUCUGGAGACAUCGCCUCCGCACAGUCCCAGGCCGGAUGCAGAUGAGGGCGGAGCAGGAAAUGUAACUGGCGACAUGUUCACGACCCGUGAUGACUGUAACGCAAGUAAGGACAACGUAACUUCAGAACUUGCAAUGAACGAAUAAAAUCGGGAUGCAUGGAGCGCUGUAUUAACAAAAUGUGGCAGUGAAAAAAAUUUCACGGAAGGAAAUGAUAAGCUUGAUUUUGAAGCGUCUUCAUUCAGUGGCCAAGGCUUGGAAAUGGUAGUGGAAUAGAGGUUAAUUAAUCUUAAUAUUUCAUCUUGGGAAAGACGUUGAUUAGUUUGUGCUGAAGAGAUUUUCAAUGCAACUAAUCACCAUAAAGUGUACAACUACUUAAUUUUCAAACAGUUGUGUGUCUCAACAAGAGUGCCUUGUUUCUCAUUACCAAUUGUUUGAUUCUUUUUUUUUAAACUUAUUGUUUAGAAGUAUAUGUUCACUGAAAAAAAAAAAAUUAAAAUUAUAAUUUUUUUAAUUUUUUGGGAGAGCAGUGUAUGUGAACUUAUAUAAUUAAAAAGUGUUUUAAUGUGUUUAACUGCUUCAAAAAUUUUAAGAGGCAUUUUUCAUCUACUAAAAAAUGUAGAAUAUGUUUUUGAAUUUCAAAAUAUAUCACUUCAGGCAAUAGUGCUGUGAUGGUUAAUGAAACUAAGAAGCCUUGUGAGUAGUCAUGACACCAUUUAGAAUACUUUGCUUUAUUGCGUAAAAUAAAAUAUUUCUUAAGCAUGUAUAAAACCCUAGUUUAAUUUAAGCCUAAUGAGAGAAUGCUUUCCAAAUAGUUAUCACCCUAAUAAUUAAAAAAAAACUCAAAUAAUUGAAAAAGUUUUUUCCUGUUUGAAUGCAGAGAAAUAAUGGGAAAAACAGAUAUACAUACUUAUCACUCUUUUGUCAUUACUAAGUUUUUUUUCCUUAUAAUUUCUUAUUUAAUUGAUUAUUACAAUAAUAAAGUGAUCUUGUCACAUUGUUUUAUGAUGGAUCAGACAGAAGUGAAACUCAUAUUUUAAUUGUAUAUACUAUGUUACAUGGAUUAUCUAACUUUUUCAGACUUUAUUUAUUUCGAUUAAAUGUUUUCAUGUUUCUCAUUAUGUUCAUAUUUUAAAUGCCAUAUGUAAAUAUAAUGCCCUUUCCACAUUCUCUUCAUUUGAUGUAGAAAUGUACACAAGUGUUAUUCUUUAGACACAUCAACAGAACUAUGCUUAUUUCUUAACAUACUGUAUGUAUAAAAAUUUAUUUUUUAAAACUAAUAUUUAUAUACUAUAUACUGUGUUGGAAAUUGUAUAAAAUUCAAGAACAAAAGGUCAAGUAAAAUCUUUUAUAAGCUAUAUAUAUAUAUGUAGUAGUAGUACUGUAAAUUCUCUUUAUAAAGUAUUUGAUGGAACCAAAUAAAAAAUUAAGAAACUACCCUAUAGGUUCUAGAAUACUUUAUGGAAAGGUUUCGUCAGGCUGUCACAUUUUUGUAACUGGCCAUUUUCUGUAGUUUUCAAACAUGCAAAAUGCAUAAUGUAUAUUUUUUUGGAAAUAAAGAUUUGGUAAUCAGUAAUACAAUAAA